CUUCUUUUUCAUAAUCUACCAUAUUCAAUCUGCCAAUAUGUUGGAUUCUUUCGAGAUUCUUACAACCUCUGGUGUUGUCCUAUGGUCGAAAACGUAUGCGCCGACCAGUCCUUCCAUCAUCAACAGUCUCAUAACCAGUGUCUUCAUCGAGGAGCGCACACUUCCUGGAGCUGGAGUUGCAGACGAUAUCUCUGCCGCAAACAAUCCUCCAUAUAAGUACGACCAACAUACGUGCAAAUGGACGACCGUCAAAGAGCUAGGUUUGAUAUUCGUGGCUGUCUAUCGAUCUCUUUUGCACCUAUCUUGGAUUGAUAAACUUGUGGAUAAUAUCAAGAUCAUAUUUGUGGAGUUGUAUGGCGAUCAAUUAAGAAAACCACACACCACCAUAGUCAAAUGCGCCUUCGACGAUUAUUUCGAUCAGCAAAUUCGACAGCUUGAGAAGACAGCUUUGAACCGAGAUACAAAGGUCGCCGAAUCAACUGCUUUGCGUGCAGAAGCUCCCGCUUCAGUAACUCAGGACUUCGGGAAUGAGCCGCCUCCUCUACCUGGAAUUCUGUCUAGAGGCGCCUCCAAGAACAACUACAAAGAUCUCACCUCCAACGAAUCCACUCCUAUUGCGACGCCUGAUACCUCACGACCGAGCACCCCAGCGAGUCACUUAUUGACAGGUAAAGGAGGACCGGGAGGAAAAGGGUCUCGAAGAGCACGCAAAGCUGCCAACACACCUACAGCAUAUGCUUCAUCCGGCGAUGAGCUUCAAUCCAAGCGGGAUAAGGCUAGCAAGCCUGCAGUAGCGAAGAAAGGUAGAAAAUGGGACGCGGAUGGCCUAGCAGACGAGGAUAGCGAUACACCCCUGGAUUAUUCUGCGCCUGCUAAUGGUGCUACUUCCGGCGAAGACGAGAUCAAGGAGCGACCAGGAGCCAUGAAGGAAAUCGACCAAUCGUCUUGGGGCUGGAAGAACGAAAAGGGAGAGUUCUUCUUAAAGGAUUUAGACGACCAGGUUGAUUCGAUAUUGGCGUCAGCGACUGCAAAGAAAACAGAUACAGUAACCUCGUCCACAGGAAUUGUGGGCUCGAGCAUAAGUGCUAUUGGUGGAUAUUUUAGAAGCAUUGUCGGAGGAAAGACGUUGACAAAAGAAGAUUUGGAGAAGCCUAUGAAGGCAAUGGAAGAUCACCUACUGCGGAAGAACGUUGCUCGUGAAGCAGCUAUUCGAUUGUGUGAAGGCGUGGAGAGAGAGCUGAUCGGAGUGAAGACGGAAAACUUCGAGAGUAUACAAACCAGAAUCGAAAGCGCAAUGGAAUCGUCACUGCAAAAAAUGCUUACUCCAACAUCUUCUCACGAUCUUGUGUUGGAGAUAAAUGCUAUCAAGAAGCAGCGACCAUAUGUCAUCUCAAUCGUGGGUGUAAAUGGAGUUGGAAAAUCGACGAACUUGUCGAAAAUAUGCUUUUUCCUGCUGCAGAGAAAUUUCAAAGUUCUCGUAGUUGCUUGUGAUACUUUCAGAUCUGGCGCGGUUGAGCAAUUGGCCGUUCACGUACGAAAUUUGAAGGAACUCACUGCUCGGGAGGGAACCGGCAAGGUGGAGCUCUAUCAGAAGGGCUAUGGAAAGGAUGCAGCAAACGUUGCUAAAGAUGCCGUAACUUUCGGGGCACAGGAGGGAUAUGAUGUAGUCCUGAUCGAUACCGCUGGUCGACGACACAAUGAUCAGCGACUCAUGUCUUCCCUGGAAAAGUUCGCAAACUUUGCCAAACCGGAUAAGAUUCUCAUGGUCGGAGAAGCGUUAGUUGGAACAGACUCUGUUGCCCAAGCUCGUAACUUCAAUGCGGCAUUUGGCAACGGGCGAAGUCUUGAUGGCUUCAUCAUCUCGAAAUGUGAUACUGUAGGAGAUAUGGUUGGUACGUUGGUAAGCAUGGUGCAUGCUACCAAUGUGCCCGUUCUCUUCGUAGGUACCGGUCAGCACUACAACGAUCUCAGAGGCCUCUCGGUUCAAUGGGCCCUCAAGAAGUUAAUGAGUAGCAAUUAAUCUAAUAAUUUACUGCGAUCGACUUGG